GCAUGCGCGCUCUGCGCCGUCUUCUCCCGGCCCGAGCAGCCGCGGCGGCGGCGUUUGAGUGGAGGAAGAUGGCGGCUCCGGGCGGCCCGGGGUCCCGCGGGCUGUGAGGAGCCCCGAGCACGGCGGGCGCGGCCUGAAGCAGAGCGCCUCCGCUCUGGCCCUGUCCCCAGCUCCCUCACCACCGUCGCCGGCGGAGCGAACCCGAGAGCGUGGAGCGGGCUGGGCCAGCUGUAGAGUGGAAUGUCAUGGCCAGCUCCUCGGACAGUGAAGAUGACAGUUUCAUGGCUGUGGACCAAGAAGAAAUUGUGUUGGAAGGGACAAUGGAGCAUGAUGAGGAGCCCCACCCAGUACUGGAGGUUGAGGAGACUAGACAUAACAGGUCCAUGUUGGAGCUGCCAGAAGAGGUUUUGGAGUAUAUCCUAUCCUUUCUGUCACCGUAUCAGGAACACAAAACUGCGGCUCUUGUCUGCAAGCAGUGGUAUCGACUUAUCAAAGGUGUGGCCCACCAGUGUUACCAUGGUUUCAUGAAGGCUGUCCAGGAAGGAAACAUCCAGUGGGAGAGCCGCACUUACCCUUAUCCUGGAACCCCAAUCACUCAGCGGUUCUCACACAGUGCAUGCUAUUAUGAUGCUAAUCAGUCUAUGUAUGUGUUCGGAGGCUGUACCCAGAGCAGCUGCAAUGCUGCCUUCAAUGACCUCUGGAGACUUGACCUAAAUAGCAAAGAGUGGAUCCGACCUUUGGCUUCAGGGUCCUAUCCUUCCCCCAAAGCCGGAGCAACUCUGGUUGUGUACAAGGACUUGCUAGUGCUGUUUGGUGGCUGGACGCGGCCAAGCCCUUAUCCCCUACACCAACCGGAGAGAUUCUUUGAUGAAAUACACACUUACUCACCCUCUAAAAACUGGUGGAAUUGCAUUGUGACAACCCAUGGGCCCCCUCCCAUGGCUGGCCAUUCCUCCUGUGUGAUUGAUGAUAAGAUGAUUGUCUUUGGUGGCUCUUUAGGAUCCCGGCAAAUGAGCAAUGAUGUCUGGGUCCUUGACCUCGAGCAGUGGGCGUGGUCCAAGCCGAACAUCUCCGGCCCCAGUCCUCAUCCUCGAGGUGGCCAAUCUCAGAUUGUCAUAGAUGAUGUAACUAUCUUAAUCCUCGGAGGGUGUGGCGGUCCCAAUGCUCUGUUCAAGGAUGCUUGGUUGUUGCAUAUGCAUUCUGGUCCCUGGGCCUGGCAGCCACUCAAGGUGGAACAUGAAGAGCAUGGGGCCCCAGAACUGUGGUGUCACCCAGCCUGCCGGGUGGGACAGUGUGUGGUGGUCUUCAGUCAGGCUCCUAGUGGGAGAGCACCACUCAGCCCCAGCCUGAACUCUCGCCCGUCACCUAUCAGUGCCACUCCUCCAGCUCUGGUUCCCGAAACCCGAGAGUACCGCUCUCAGUCUCCAGUAAGAAGUAUGGAUGAAGCUCCGUGUGUUAACGGCCGCUGGGGAACACUGAGGCCCAGGGCUCAAAGGCAGACUCCCUCAGGUUCCCGGGAAGGGAGCCUUUCCCCAGCCAGAGGAGAUGGUUCUCCUAUCCUCAAUGGUGGGAGUUUAUCUCCAGGAACAGCAGUUGUUGGUGGCUCUUCCUUGGACAGCCCUGUACAGGCCAUAUCUCCAAGCACUCCAUCUGCUGCUGAAGGGUAUGACCUCAAAAUGGGACUUUCUUUGGCCCCCCGGCGAGGGUCACUGCCAGAUCAGAAAGAUUUGAGAUUGGGAUCUAUAGAUCUGAAUUGGGAUCUAAAACCUCCUUCCAGCAAUCAUAUGGACGGCAUGGACAACAGGACAGUCGGAGGAAGUAUGAGGCACCCCCCUGAACAGACGAAUGGUGUGCAUACCCCGCCGCAUGUAGCCAGUGCCCUUGCAGGGGCCGUCUCCCCAGGUGCCCUACGUCGGAGUCUGGAAGCCAUCAAGGCGAUGUCAUCCAAAGUCCCCUCAGCCUCUGCAGCACUAAGUCCUCCUCUUGGGUCUUCUCCAGGCUCCCCUGGGAGCCAGAGCCUGAGCAGUGCAGAAACAGUGCCCAUCCCCCGCCCAGGGCCUGCCCAAGGAGAUGGACACUCCUUACCUCCCAUUGCCCGCCGCCUGGGCCACCACCCUCCACAGUCCCUAAAUGUUGGCAAACCUCUGUACCAGAGUAUGAACUGCAAGCCCAUGCAGAUGUAUGUGCUGGACAUUAAAGACACCAAGGAAAAGGGGCGGGUCAAGUGGAAAGUAUUUAAUAGCAGUUCUGUGGUGGGACCUCCUGAAACCAGCCUGCAUACAGUGGUACAAGGCAGGGGUGAACUCAUCAUAUUCGGAGGACUCAUGGACAAGAAACAGAAUGUGAAGUACUAUCCAAAAACAAACGCCUUGUACUUUGUGCGAGCAAAGAGAUAGUGUGUUCUAAACCCCUUUCCCUUUCUGUGGCUUUUAAUUUGAAAUUUUCCAGUGUGCAAGCAUUUGGACUGAGAAUUGAGUAAACAGCAAAAUAACUCCCAUAAACCAAAACUCUAAUUCCCAACCUAACUCACUGCAGGCUGGGACCAAAUCUCCAUUAAGAAAAAUAAUUAUAUAUAAAUAUAUAUAUAUAUAUUAUAUAGCCAACUCUGUUUACAAAAAGGGAGAGAUCUCCGUCCUGGCUCAGAUAAAGUUGUUGCUGUGUUUUAGCAGAGGCUGUGCUGCCUUUUUCUACUUUGCUGGUAACUAGACCAAGAAGUUAGAGAACAGACUGAUUAAUAAUCAGUCAUUUUCCAAAAGAAACUGAAGAGCCCCCUGUAAAUCUUUGUGUGGCCUUCUCGGAGUUGGAAAAUGAAGGGCAUAUGUAAGAUACAAAGGAGGAGGUUUGUAGACUUGUGCUUCAGGUGUUGGCAGGGUAAAAGAGACUUAUAGGAAACCGUUCUUCCCCUUCUCUUAAAACCACAGAGGACCCGUGACAGCUCUUCAGAGAUACCCUGUGCCUGGCUCCCUUCUGCCCUUUAUGGCUGAGGAAAGUUAUCCAGAAAGGAAUUUUGUUCCAUGUUUGUAUGCCAGGUCACCGUGAGAUAAUAUUUAUGCAGCGGACAUUGACAUUUGUCCACCUAGUGUCCAUUGGUCUUUUGAGUGCUCCCUUCAUGUCUCAAAAAAUAUUUUGGUGUCUGAUUGUGGAAUUUUCUGACAAUCAAUUGUAUUUGGUUACAAGUUGCCAAAAACCAUGUUUGUUCUCCUUUUCCCUUAGAACAUGAUCCUCAGAAGUUGCCUUUUCCAUUUAUAGGCUGCUUUUUUCUUUUCUUUCUUUUUUUUUUUUGCAUCUGUGAAUUUUUUUAAGCACUAAAACCCUUCUCAUUUUUUGUUUCUUUUACAAAGUUCAGAUGCCUAGAGAGAUCAGAUGCUUCUUAGAAAUACUGCUCGAACUCUCCCUGGUAUCACUAGGGGGCCGUAUCACUAGGGGGAAUUCUAAGAUGCCAGUAUUGUCAGAAAUGCUUGAAGCAUCAAAAGAUACUGUUCUUUCCCCCAUGGGCUUCUUUUAUUUCCAAAGCACAUUGGGCACACCCAUUCUGUGUUUGUAGAAUGCUGAAAUUGAUCCUGGAAGGGAAUCCUGGUAAUAGUUCUUUUUAGAAAUGGUUUUUUUCCUUGUCGUAACAUGUAUUCCUCUUCCUGGCUAUUGACAGAUGAUGGCCUUGAGUAUCAUGUACUUAACCUUCAUGAUGCAUGACUGACCUCAGGAACAGCUCCAUCCUUUGUGCUUGUCUUGCUAAUGUGUCACCCCAGCUUCUACUUACUUGUACUUCAUUUCUGAGACUAAGGUGCAACCAAGUAGAGCACUUCUCUGGUUGAUACAGAAAGCUACAAGUUACUAGUUUUAGAACCGUGGUCUGGAUAGACAUAGAAGAUGGCAAAAUAAGCUUAAUUCAAAUGGCACCACUUAAAUAUGGAUUUCUGGUGAUUUUCUCAUCAGUGGAAAGAGGAUUUUUUGUUUUGCCAUGGGAUUUAAAUUUCAGAACACCAUAUUUCCCGCCCUGCACCCUGUUUUUCUUGUUAGUGCUUCCCAAGUACAAGCCUGCUGCAGCUGGCCCUGGGUCUGGCUUUCAGCCAGCGCUCAGCAGCCCGGUCUUAGGUGUGUUUUCUCCCGCUACAUCAUGCUGAAUCCUCCCCCUAACCAUUAGCUUUUACAAUGGGAUGUUGGUAGGAAAAGCCCCUGGUGCCCAGCCCAGGGAAGGGCCAACUCAUAAGGAAGGGUAUGUGUUCCAGAAACUGCUGUCCAUGCUCCCUUAGGUGAGGAAAUGACCAUGUGCCUGAUCACUGUGGUGUCCAACUCGACUGUCGAAGCUCGACACUUUACUUUCCUGACUCUGAGGCUCUGGGGCUGUUGCCAGUCCUUGCUUGGCAAAGACUCUUCAAUCAUGAGGGCUACUUAUUUACAAGGGAAAACUAGCUCAGAAAGUUAAUCAAUGUAGGCAUUGUUGCUAUUGCUGAACCUUGUUUAUGACAUUGCACGUGUGCAUGGACAGUGCCUCCAAACUCAGUUCCUAUCUAAAUAUGAAGUAUUUGGACGCCUGGAAGUUCAGAAUCUCCACUUUGUAGUCUUUCUCUUUGUCCUGUGGCCUUCCUAAGCCAGCUGUUAACCUGACUCUCCACUUCCCCCAAGUAGGCAGGCAACAGAGAAAGUAAUCUGGUUCCUCUGAACUCCAUUUUAUUCCAGUAUGACCCACAUUGCUUGGAACUCUGCUUGCAGCUCUUUCAGAAGAAUCUGCCUGGCCUUGGUGGCUGCUGGGCACUGUGGGCAUGUAUGUUGGGAAAGUGACUCCACACAGUCGAGGUGAUUGUCUCUUCAGGCCCCCUGAAGCCACGUGUGCAGUGGAACCUCACGUGUCUCACUGAGGAGCACAUUUCCACAGCACCAUGGAUGCUUCCGUCAGAUCAGAUUUAACCACAACUCCAUUUUGACAUGAUACCAGUUUUGUCUUAAAAUUCACUGAGAAAAAUAAGACAAAUAUUUUUUUUAAACCCUCAGGAGCAAAUAUUUAUCAGUAUUUAAGUAUUUGACAUACAUUUUGUUUCUACUUGAAGCUUUAACCCCUUCCAUUCCUGCAAGUGUGCCUUUGAGAUCUCCCAUGUCCUAGUGACUUCACCGGCCACCUUGUUGACCUCAUGUAAGAAUUUGAGUCUCUUCCUACCCUCUUGGACAGAGCUUCCUGCUCUCUCAUUUUACAGAUUAUGCAGCAGAGAGGGUUCUGUGUUUUCAUUCAUACUUCCACCCUUCUACACUUUGGUGGUGGACUCACUACCCCACCCCUGCAUUUUGGGAGUACAACUUGGGUGUUGAAACAACCUUGAAUUUCACUUUAAGGCAAUACUGGGCUUACUCUCCUCCCAGCCCUCUGUGGAUUGAUUUGAUUUUGACGUUUGACUAUUAAAGCAAGAGCCGAAACCAUGAACUAUUCUAGAAACUGUGUUGGAGCUCUUUAAAGGAAAGAGGAGGAGGAAGAAAGAAAACUAAGUUAAGAAGUUUUGACUUUGGAGGACAGAAAGCCACCAGCCCAUGGAGAACAAAGGGAUGUUUCCCUUUCCUUUCACCUUGUCGCUCUGGGUUUCCUUCUGCUUUGCUUGUUUCCUUCCCUUAAAAGUGAUAUUCCUGGUUGGUCUGUCUGUCUGUCCUUGUCCUGUGGUGAUCCUGGCAUGGUGAUAUGCUCUGCUUGCAUUAUCCGUGGUCUCUUACCAGCGCACAAAUCAGUGGGGAGGAUCUGAACACACCCAGGGGCAAGGAAGUUGAACUUCAAGGUCUGCGGCCCGUGCAGCCUCCCUGUGAACUGCAGAAGGCAUGUUCUGCAUGGUUACCAGUAAGUGGCUCCCUUUCACCAAGUUAAUCGUCAGUGAGAGCACACCGUAGGCAUUGGCUCUGAUGUUCUCUCUACUCGCUCUGCUCCCCUCCCUCCAACCAGGGUUCAUGUCAGUGCACACCCCUUGUGCCCUGGCAAAGCUGGUGCUGUGAGUGAUGUUUUCCAUACAACUCAGGGAUGCCAGGUGGCUUGCCCUGAGAUUGUUAUUUUAGGCACAUAACAGUGUAGGAAUGAAAACAGAUUUCAUUGAUAUUCAAAUCUCUGUCACAAUUUCAUUUUUUGUUAAUGUUUUCCCCUGAUGACUUUUUAGCAAUUUAACAAAUAAAAUAAAAUGGACAGUUGUCUUA